AGCUGCCAUCUGUCAAAUGAAAAUUAUUUCAAAUCACAGUGAUCUGGAUUGGAUAGAAUUGGCUUCAUGAUCCGAUCUCCAUUCAAUAUUGGGAAAAAGCCUCUGCGGCAGAUACUUGAAGGCCCCUAUGGCUGUGUAUGAUGAAGACCUGUUGAAGAACUCCUUCUAUUUAGCUAUGCAGAAACGACGUCCUGAUCUCUGUAGAAAAGUUGCAGAACUACAUGGAAUUAUGCUUGUACCAUGCAAAGGAAGUCUUUCAAGCAGCUUCAUCUCAGCUUGCCAGUUUGACUCUUAUGUUCUUAGAGCAGUGGAAGAAAACUUUCAGACCUUGAAUGGAAAGGAAAUUUUCAUACAAGGAAACUUGAUCAUACCUGGGGCUGGCUUUAACCAUCAUUGCUCAGUGCCUAUUCUCUUUGAGGAAACCUUCUACAAUGAAAAGGAAGAAAGCUUUAGCAUCCUCUGUAUAGCUCAUUCUCUAGAAAAAAAUGAGAGCAAAGAGCAAUCUUCAGCACCAUCAAAUUCUUACUCCCUGAGAAACAUUGAAGACGUGAGAGAGUUCUUGGGAAGGCACACUGAAAAAUUUGAUAAAGCAAUUACAUCAUUUCACAGGACUUUCAAGGAGCAUGACAGGAAAAUCCUUCGACAUUAUAUAGAUUCUGUGAAUGCACUCUACACCAAAUGCAUCCAGCAGUUACUGAGAGAUUCCCAUCUUAGAAUGCUUGCAAAGCAGGAAUCACAAAUGAAUCUGAUGAAACAGGCUGUGGAAAUGUACAUUCACCAUGCUCUUUAUGACGUGAUCUUUAAAUAUGUGGGAACUAUUGAGGCAAGUGAGGAUGCAGCUUUCAACAAAGUUACGCGAAGUCUGCAAGACCUGCAGCAGAAAGAUCUGGGUAUCAAGCCCGAAUUCAGUUUCAACAUACCGCGUGCAAAGCGUGAACUGAGCCAGCUGAAUAAGUGCACCUCCCCACAACAGAAGCUCCUCUGUCUCCGUAAAGUGGUGCAAAUUAUAAUGCAGUCUCCAAGUCAAAGAGUGAACAUAGAGACCAUGUGUGCAGAUGACCUCCUUUCUGUCUUGCUUUACCUCCUCGUGAAGACAGAGAUUCCAAAUUGGAUGGCAAACCUGAGUUACAUCAAAAACUUCAGGUUUUGCAGCUCAGCAAAGGAUGAGCUAGGAUACUGUUUGACCUCCGUUGAGGCUGCAGUGGAAUACAUCCGACAAGGAAACCUCUCGGACAGGCCAACGGAGACUGCAGGAUUUAGUGAGAAGCUUUUCUUAAAACAAAGAAUGAACAUGCUGUCUCAAAUGUCCACUACUCCAAUAGACUGCUUGUUCCAGCACAUUGCUUCGGGAAACCAGGAAGAAGUAGAGUGCUUAUUAAGCCAAGGGGACAGCGAUAAAGACACUAUGCAAAAAAUGUGCCACCCGCUGUGUUUUUGUGACACAUGCGAGAAACUGGUUUCUGGGAAACUGAAUGAUCCUUCCAUUGUUACGCCAUUUUCUAGAGAUGACCGAGGAUACACUCCACUCCAUAUAGCUGCAAUAUGUGGGCAAGCCUCGCUAAUAGACGUGUUAGUCUCCAAAGGAGCCAUUGUCAACGCUACAGAUUACUAUGGGUCAACACCACUUCACCUGGCCUGUCAGAAGGGAUACCAGAAUGUUACUCUCCUCCUGCUGCAUUAUAAGGCAAGGAACGAAAUACAAGACAAUAAUGGCAACACAGCAUUGCAUCUAGCUUGCACUUAUGGCCAUGAAGAUUGUGUCAAGGCCUUAGUCUAUUAUGACAUCCAUUCUUGUAAAUUAGACAUUGGGAAUGAAAAAGGAGACACCCCUCUCCAUAUUGCUGCCCGCUGGGGCUACCAAGGCAUCAUAGAAGUGCUGCUGCAAAAUGGAGCCAAUGCAGAUAUUCAGAAUCGAAUGAAAGAGACGCCAUCACAAUGUGCGUUAAAUUCUACGAUAUUAUCUUUAAUGGAGCUGAAAUACUUCACAUUUGAAAGAGGAAAGAGUACUUCUCAGCCUCUGGAUAGAGCUUCUCAGCAAGAGGAGGAGGAAGACACUAUCAGCCAAGUAUCGUCUGUCACCAGUUUAUCUUCUGCAGUCACAACCGCCGCAAGCAAAGCGAGACAAGGAGGAACAAAAGCUACUGAUAAAGAGGUAGACAAACUUUUAAGAGCAGUUGCUGACGGCGAUUUGGAAAUGGUACGUUAUCUUUUGGAAUGGGCAGAAGAGGAUCUAGAAGACACAGAAGAAGGAGACAGAGCAGAGAAACAAGAGUUUUGUCAUCCGUUGUGCCAGUGCUCCCAGUGCGGUCUGGCACAAAAGAAAUUCUUCAGAUCACCCACGAGUGGCCUUGGUGUGGAUGUUACAAACCAAGAUGCCCAAACGCCGCUCCAUGUCGCUGCGCUUUAUGGACAUGCUGACUUAGUCGCUCUCUUGCUGAAACGUGGGGCUGAUGUUGGGGCAAAAGAUGCCAGCCAUGCAGUGCCUCUUCACCUAGCCUGCCAGAAUGGCCACUUAGAGGUAGUAAAGUCUCUGAUAGAUAACCAUGCUAAACAAAAUAAAAAGGACAUUCUUGGAAAUACUCCCUUGAUGUACGCUUGCUUGAACAAUUAUCAAGAGAUAGUGGCCUUUUUGAUACAGCAUGGGGCCUUGGUUAACCUUUCCAAUAACCAAGGCAAUACAUCCCUCCAUACAGCUGUGAUUGGGAACAAUGAAGCCGUGGUUCAGCUGCUGUUGCAACACGGAGCAUCGACCCACAUUAGGAACGACAAGCAGUGCACACCUCUUGACUAUGCUGAGCCCAAAUCUGCUAUUCUCAAGAUGCUUUAUACUGCAGCGACCUCAGGAGAGGGAAGGCAAGCAGAUUAUAAAACUUACACGUCUGGAAAGAUCAGGAGAAAAAUCGGCUUUACGUCUCCUGAGAUGGAAGAUGAUCUGGUCACCCGGCGCCUUCAGCUUUUCCAGUCGAUUAAUCGAUUUGACAAGUCAAAAGACCUGCGGAAGACUAUAACAAGAGACAAAAGUAUCCCUAACUUUGGUGGUGAACUACUGCACCAGAGCUUUGACCAGAGCAAGCUGAAGUCCAUGGAUCCUUUAGAGCCAAGUGGGCCUCACAGCCCUGAUGCCAGCAACAGCCGUGAACCCACCCGGGAAGACAACACCACUGACGAGGCAGCAGCGCCCAACAGAAGUCAACUCAUGCACCGGAGGCACACCGUUAACGUGGCACUUUCAGCAACAGAUGUCAGCGACAUCAGUGAUCUGUCCAGAUCCAGAGAGCCAAGCGUAUCUUCACUAGAAGGCUGCUCUGAUUGAGAUUUUCAAAAACUCCAGGCAAAAAAAGAUGUCCAGAGGUAACAGACUUGUGCAACAGCAGCUUUUACUCUCUUUCCACUCAGCAUUGAAGAAUUAAAAGAUGCUUAGAACUAAGGCUUUCAAAACGGGAUCAGGAAGUUUUGGAGAAAGAAGUGUCUCCAAUCCGAACAGAAUUUGCACUUUUGGAAAAUUAAAUCCUUUUACUUGCAGAUACAUUCACAAAAUCCAGGGAGUUAAUCGAGGUGAACACACUUGAUCAAGAGAGAUUGUCAGAUGUGCAGAUACGUCCCUAUAUUCUUGAAUACUCCAAAUGGGUUUCAGCACAAAAGCAUGAAGGUGUAUUCAAAGAAUUCCACAGAAUUUCCAAGGACCUAAAUAUUGUAGUUUGGAAAGGCAGUGAUUUCAGGUUUGAUGCUGCUAAUUCACACAUUCUCAGAAGGCUCUGGGGCACUCCACGGUUGGGAGAUGUAUAUAAAGUGUGAUGCACAUGGCAAGAUUGCACAGUCUGCUUCAUUUUCUUUGGUUUUGUUGCAAUGUUGGAGAUUACAAUAACUGCUUUUAAUGAAGAAUAGUUUUGUUGAAAGCUUUCAUGGCUCGAAUCACUGGGUUGCUGUGAGUUUCCUGGACUGUCUGGCCAUGUUCCAGAAGCAUUCUCUCCUGACGUUUCACCCGCAUCUAUGGCAGACAUCCUCAGAGGUUGUGAGGUCUGUUGGAAACUAGGAAAAUGGGGUUUAUAUAUCUGUGGACUACUCAGGUUAGAAGA